UCAUACCAUUACAAAGGACGGCAGAUCGAACCGCCCGCCCUUAUAACUACCUUUGCCGCGACUGCAUUACCUACAAUGCUUGUCCGUUUUAUAACCGAUAGUUUACUCACCAUGGACGAGAAAUAGGUAUUUUAGUGAACGAUUCAUUUUUUUUUUAGCAUAAUGCAAGCUAGAAACAGUAGUCAGGUGCACAAAAUCUGUUUGUCUCUGCAGCAAUGGGCAUUUUUGUUUUCUGUCAUUGUGUUUGUGGUAACGGCGGUUUUGACAACAUGUGCCGCCUUGGGAAAGAUGCACACGCAAGAUGUGUGGGAACUGAUUAAGGCGGAUUUGGAAGAAGAACGGGAGAAAGAAUAUUAUGAGUAUGAUAAAGGUGCAGGACACACAAAUACAAACGAGGCGAAGCUGCAACUAUCACAACAUUUUGUGUUGAUGAUCAUAUGGAUUUUGUACAUCUGCACCUGGAUAGGCUGCCUAAAUUUAUCGGCCUCAAUUCUAAUGGUUUACGGCAUCGCGACAAAGAAUGCAAUGUACAUCAUUCCAUGGAUUCUUAUCAGCGGCACGACCUACAUGCUAUCAAUUUCCACAAUUCUCGUAGCCUAUUUAGAAAUACUGCCAGGAAUUUACAUAAGCUUUAACACGCUAGUGAUUUCGUUGACGUCCUCCACGAUCUUUAUUGCGAUUUGGUAUACGAUACUGUCGUACUACACGACCCUAACUACGCACACGUGCAGGUCACGAUAUCCCGUAUACUCCUCGACGAUCAUCCAGGCUUACGGAGGUUACAUGCACACGGUCGCGCCGUCUUCAAAUAGUGAGAAAAAGGAGAUAGUGUAAAAGCUUUGAGAUUGUAAAGAAAUUCUAUUUUGGAAAUGCUUUAAUUCUUCACAGACACACACUUAUUAUAAAAUACACGUUUAGAGAUUGAGGCUUGAUCACAAAGGUUUGUUUUUGUACAAUCUAUCUGUUGGGUGGUUUCAAAUUAUAGAUGUAAAAAAUAACUCUAUGCAAUAAAAUGCCUUAAAAUCUA